CUCUGUUUUUCCUUGUGUCUACGGUUUAAGCUUCUGCAACUCUUAACCCUAAUCUUAACGAUUCUUCCGUUGUUGAUCGAGAACCAUGCUUUUUUCUCCGGGUCAUUCUCCUCGGCGCAUCUCCUCUCCUUCUCCAUCUCUCUCUGAGAAAUCCCUUCAAACUCCUAAUGACCUAAUCCCUGCUAGAAACCCUAAAAAGGAUCCCGCAGUUCUCGAUGAAGACACAUACGUCGAAGCGAUUGAGAAGAUCAUCGAGCGUGAUUUCUUCCCCGACAUUCCAAAGCUCAGGGACCGUCUCGACUGGUUGGAAGCCGUUCGGAGCGGUGAUCCUGUCCAAAUGCGCGAUGCCCAGUUAAAGAUCUUGGAGCGGCGGGCUGGGAAGGUUUCCAAUUCUGACGCAGAAAGUAGGACUCGAACUCAAACUCCUGGUUCUAAUUUGCGAACACCCGGAUCAAGUUUCUUUUCGACGUCCACUCCGUUUGAAUUCGAUAAGACCCCUGCUCAAUUGCCGCGAGAUUUGCCGGUCGCCGUAGGAGAAUCUGGUGAUGAUUCGGUUGAUGUUUCGUUGACGCUGGAUGAAUUUUUCCGGCGCUAUACAAGUGAAGACAAUGAUAGUUUCUCGAAGAUAAUGGAGAAGGUUAAUCGAAAGAGGAAAGAGAGGUUUGGGUAUUUGACUGAAGGAGAGAAGGAACAACUUAAAACGCUGGAAACUGAGAAGAAGGAUCGGAUUACUGAUGGCUAUGGAACAUCUGAUCAGCCUCCGAGUACGUUAGAAGGUUGGAAAUAUGCUGCAAAAAACCUCUUAAUGUAUAACCCAGCGGAUAGGGGUGAAGCCCCAUUGACAGAGGCGGAGAGGGCAGAGAGGAUUAAGGGCCUGACUAAGGAAAUUAAUCGUGUAAAUACCCGUUUCCAUGGCAAAGUGUUGGAUUCUAAGCCGAAAGAGGAGGACACAGUUGCAGUACUUUAUACGCCUGUUGCUGGAGCGACCCCGGUCCCUCUACCCUUGUCAGAUAGAGAAGCAGAGAAGUCAAAGAAGUAUGAUCUGGAAGACUUAAGAAGGACUCCUAAUCGAUUUUAUGUUGAAUCAGGCAAGAGAGCUGACAAUGGAUAUAGCUUUGUUAAAACUCCUUCUCCUGCACCAGGUGUUGAUGAGUCGCCUUUCAUCACAUGGGGGGAGAUUGAAGGGACGCCUUUGAGAUUGGAACCAGAGGAAACACCGGUAGGUAUUGGGGGUAGUAGUGAUGGUCCGCAUUUUAGAAUCCCAAAUCCACCUUCACGAGAUGUUAAGGCCCACUCAUUGUCAAGGGAGGCUGCUCGAAAAUUGAGAGCGAGGUCGAAAAUGUUUCAGAAACCACCAUUGCCUUCACCAGUUAGAGGUGGGAGUGCAAGUCCAAGUGUUAGGACACUUUCUCCUGCUGCUCAGAAGUUUGUUCGGAAUGCUAUUGCAAAAUCUUCACGUUCUGUGGAUGAAACUCUUCGUGCCAGCUAUCGGGGUGUGAGCCCCAGCGUAGGGACUCCAAAAGCGGGAAGGAGCUUGACAAGGUUUGGAAGAGAUGGGAGCUUUGGGUCAAGGUCACCAUCAGUAAGGGAGGGUUCUAAUCCUCCUUGGUAAUGUAAACUUAUUUCCUACUGCACCCAUCAAGAUGGGUUUGGUUUGCAAUGUUGAACAAUGCUUUUAUGACUAUGUAUAUAGCUUUGGAGUUAACUUCUCUAUCUUUCUUUUUUCUUUUCUUUUACUUUUUUUCUUUUUUGUUUAACAUGUACCAAGAAAUUCAAUAUUUUCACCUGAAGUUCUAACUUCAUCAAUUUCUGUGAUGCUGAACUUGGUCACUUACUGGGUAGUGGUCAUCGUUCAUAAACUCUCAUCGUUCAAAUCGAGCCUGUGCCUUUAUAACAUUGUGUAUAGUCCAAAUGAUCUGUUUUUUUUUUUUUGAUGAAUUAGUCCAAAUGAUCUGUUAUGC